GACAUUUUAAAACGACUUCAGCGUCCGCUGGGAGAAGUAUAAAUGUCAUCCAGUCCACUUGUAGCUUUACCGCAGCUCAAAAAUACCGUCAACCGCAAGUAGAAGCACUCUCGAUUAAAAAUACUCAUGCGAUGGCAAACGAGAAUGACAUGAUGUGCCUCCAUUAUCAAUCCAGCGAAAGGGAAAGGAACGAGUAGAAAAUGUGUCGAAAUAACGAGAGAUAAUUUACCAGUUGUAUUUUAUCUCGAGUUGAGCCAGUCACCGUUGUAUCGCCUGACGCUCUAGUGGAAUAAAAAUUCAAGAGCAAGUGCUCAAAAAGAAACCAAUCAUGAUCUCCGAGGUACUUCCAUUCUGCUCCAAAUAUUGGUAUUACGUAAUUCUGGGGAUCGCGUCUUACUGUUUUACAAAUGUGCUACUUGCUCGUAAAAGGGGAAGAGAAUUGGAUGAUAACACGGAAGAUAUCUUUGAAAAAACAUCGAACGAGGACGAGGACUUACCUGCAUUGCCCAAAGAUCUAGUGCAUAUUCCCUUCAUUUAUGAAAGACCGCCCGAGGAGGAAUUGAAAAAUCGUGCAAGGGAAUUCUACGGGAUUUGCAAUGCACGAAGGACCGUCAGAUUCUUUAGCUCUGAUCCCGUGCCACUCGGUGUUAUCCGUGACAUUAUUAGAGCAGCCGGCACUGCACCGAGUGGUGCUCAUACCGAGCCGUGGACGUUUGUUCUUGUUUCUGAUGAUAAGAAGAAAGGAGAAAUAAGGGAGGUGGUUGAGAGGGAGGAGAGGCUCAAUUAUGUCAAGCGAAUGGGCAAAAAAUGGACGACUGACUUGACACCACUCAAGACAAAUUGGGUUAAGGAGUAUCUCACCACAGCUCCAUAUCUGAUUUUGGUAUUCAAGCAGACUUAUGGGGUUCUGCCCGAUGGCAAAAGGAAAAUUCAUUACUACCAUGAGAUGAGUGUGGCUAUCGCUUGUGGCAUGCUCCUCACGGCAAUCCAGUAUGCCGGGCUCGUUACACUGACGUCAACGCCCCUCAACUGUGGACCAGCACUGCGAAGCCUUCUGGGUCGACCCCCUUCUGAAAAACUCUGUCUAUUACUUCCAGUUGGAUAUCCAGCUGUUGACGCGACCAUUCCAAAUCUUCACAGAAAACCACUCGGCGAUAUUCUAGUCGAAAUUUGACUGAAUGAUUGAUGAAUAUAUUUUAUACAUUACCUCAUUAAUGAAUAUGGCAGUUAGUAGAAACUAAUCAUUUAUUAGCAAUUUGCGUACAAUCAUUGAAAAUAAGCGAUAUAAAAAAUUGAAUCCUGAAUCACCAGUAAUGAUCAACUCAAAAUACAAUCUCAUUCGCAUGAUUAAUCGAUCAAUUAAUCUCUAAAUUCAGGUGAUUAGUUUUAAUGUACAAUUCCAUGUUUCAAUCUCGUUUUUCAUCAUUUGCAACUUAACUUAAGUACACUCCAUGUAUAUAAAAUAUAAAAAUACUGAGCUGAACAACAAUUGAAAUGAAAAAUCAUCCGGCGUUGGGGGGAAGGAAAAAACUUGCAUUUACGGUUAUCCAGAAUUGUUUCUCGUUAUUCUCGGCCUUUCUUCCUCAAACUUUCGUUAAAUCAUUGGUUCACCUCUUUCUCCAUUCGUUUGCAUUGAUUGGUGUGUUAGGGCUAAACAGUUAUCGCACGAUAUUUUUUUUUUAAGUGUAAAAGCUUGAA